GGCGGCGGCGAGGACGGCGGCCACGGCAGCGGCGAAGGGGGCGGUGGCGAAGAGGGGGGUGCGGAGCGGGCGGAAGAGGCGUCUGUGCCGGCUGCUAGGUCGCAGAGGAACAUCGUUGGGAUCAGCGACUAUCAUCUGUUCCACAAGAUGAGUAACAGCCACCCUCUUCGCCCCUUCACUGCAGUGGGGGAAAUUGAUCAUGUGCACAUUUUGUCUGAACAUAUUGGUGCCUUGUUGAUUGGGGAAGAAUAUGGCGACGUCACAUUUGUUGUGGAAAAGAAACGUUUUCCUGCCCACAGGGUAAUUUUAGCAGCCAGGUGCCAAUAUUUUCGAGCAUUAUUGUAUGGUGGAAUGCGAGAGUCUCAGCCUGAAGCAGAAAUUCCUCUCCAAGACACCACUGCAGAAGCAUUCACAAUGCUACUCAAAUAUAUCUACACUGGGCGGGCAACGCUGACAGAUGAGAAGGAGGAGGUGCUGCUGGACUUUUUGAGCCUGGCUCAUAAAUAUGGAUUUCCAGAGCUAGAGGAUUCUACCUCUGAGUAUCUCUGUACCAUACUGAACAUUCAGAAUGUCUGCAUGACUUUUGAUGUUGCCAGUCUCUACUCACUUCCCAAGUUAACUUGUAUGUGUUGCAUGUUUAUGGACAGGAAUGCUCAGGAGGUGCUCUCAAGUGAAGGUUUCCUCUCCCUUUCUAAGACAGCACUUUUAAACAUCGUGUUAAGAGAUUCAUUUGCAGCUCCCGAAAAAGAUAUUUUCCUAGCCUUAUUAAACUGGUGUAAGCAUAAUUCAAAGGAGAAUCAUGCUGAAAUCAUGCAGGCUGUACGUUUACCUCUCAUGAGCCUCACAGAGCUUCUGAAUGUUGUGAGGCCUUCGGGACUGUUGUCUCCUGAUGCCAUCCUGGAUGCCAUUAAAGUGCGAUCUGAGAGCCGGGAUAUGGACCUCAAUUAUAGAGGCAUGCUCAUACCAGAAGAAAACAUUGCAACUAUGAAGUAUGGAGCCCAAGUUGUAAAGGGGGAGCUGAAAUCAGCCUUAUUAGAUGGUGAUACUCAAAAUUAUGAUUUGGAUCAUGGAUUUUCAAGGCACCCAAUUGAUGAUGACUGCCGUUCCGGCAUCGAGAUUAAGCUAGGUCAGCCGUCCAUUAUCAAUCACAUACGGAUACUCCUGUGGGACCGAGAUAGCCGGUCUUAUUCAUACUUCAUUGAAGUGUCAAUGGAUGAACUGGACUGGGUUAGAGUGAUAGACCAUUCCCAGUAUCUGUGUCGUUCUUGGCAGAAAUUAUAUUUUCCAGCCCGUGUCUGCAGGUAUAUUCGAAUUGUUGGGACUCACAACACAGUGAACAAGAUUUUUCACAUUGUGGCUUUUGAAUGUAUGUUUACAAACAAAACCUUCACUCUUGAGAAGGGGCUGAUAGUUCCCAUGGAGAACAUUGCAACAAUUGCUGAUUGUGCCAGCGUGAUUGAAGGAGUCAGUCGGAGCCGAAAUGCCUUGCUGAAUGGGGACACUAAGAAUUAUGAUUGGGAUUCUGGCUACACAUGUCACCAGCUAGGAAGUGGUGCGAUUGUGGUUCAGCUAGCACAGCCAUACAUGAUUGGGUCAAUACGGUUACUACUGUGGGAUUGUGAUGAUCGAAGCUAUAGCUACUACGUUGAGGUUUCUACCAACCAGCAACAGUGGACCAUGGUUGCUGACAGAACUAAAGUGUCCUGCAAGUCCUGGCAGUCAGUGAGUUUUGAAAGACAGCCUGCCUCCUUCAUCCGUAUCGUUGGGACACACAACACAGCAAAUGAGGUGUUCCACUGUGUCCACUUUGAGUGUCCAGAGCAGCAGAGCAGCCAGAAGGAGGAAAACAGCGAGGAAUCGGGGACGGGGGACACCAGUCUGGCCGGUCAGCAGCUCGACUCCCAUGCCCUGCGGGCGCCCAGUGGCAGCUCACUACCCUCCAGCCCAGGCUCCAACUCACGCUCCCCCAACCGGCAGCACCAAUAAAGGAGGCAGCGGGCCUGGUGUGACUUGGUGGGCUUGGGCGACGGCAGGAAACAGUCUCCUCCCUGAACAGGGGUCUUUGUUGACUGCCCCCGCCCCUGCCCCUUUCCAGGGAGGAGCUGCAAAAGCAGACACCGAACAGGUUUCCUCCCAAGGACAGAAAGGGGCUGCUUUGUUCUUCUCAAUUUGUCCAAAUCAGGCUGGUCUCGAGGGGGAGAAAAUGGGUCUUCAAUCUUCAUCAAGUCCACCAUUAACACCCUACCUCUCUAAUCUAGCCCAGGCGCAGGGAACGGGAGGAAGUCAUAGACAGGCCUGUGUUGGAAUACAAAAAUGGCACGCCAACACUCAGGCGGAGGAGAAAGCGUCAGGCCUUUGCUACCUGGAGGCACCCUUUAGGAACGGGCUUCCUUAGAGUGUUCAUUCUGCUGGAAAACAUUGCCCUGGCAACCAAAUGAUUUUGUUUUUCUCUUAGUUAUUCUCCAGUCAGUGAGUCAUACGUGCUCCAGAGCUAUUUGAAAUGCUCAAGCAGCAAAUCACUAGUUUUAAUCCCUUUGGAUGCUGUAAUUUUCCUUCCUUGGUUUUCAACGGUUCAGCUUGGGGGGACAGAGGCCCAUCAUGCAUGUCUCCUAAAUGAGACACGGAUGUGGCUCAUCCUGGCACUUGGGCCACAGAGGAAGUUCUGCAAAUGCACACGAGCACAUCAACCUGUAGACACUGGAGUUAAUAGUCACUCGUGUGGCUGAGUUAUUCACCUGUCAUUCCUGACAUGGAUCCAGCCUUUAAGCUUGGGAGGCUGACAAGGAAAUAGUUACUAUAUCUGCUGCUAAUUCACUGUUCAGAAGUCCAUGUAGAUAAACAUAUACCAAGUUCUGGCAUGGCCAAACCUGCCGGGGACUGCCAUGGCUUAGCCGCCCCUCCAGUUGUGUUUAGCGGAGCAUUGGAGAGGCAGCCACCUGCCCAUCAGCGUCGGGAACGCAGAACUGGGACUCCGUGCUUCCCCCACACCGCAGUACUCAACUGGGGAUUGAAAAAUAGCAGUUCUAAGAAGCUUUUCUCCUAAUCCUCAUCGAAAGGACCUCAUUUGAUGAUGGUGGUUUGAUCUGGCUCCGUCUCUUACUUAGUGAUUUCCAUUCCAGUGCUGCCUGCCCUGGGUAACUGUGGACAUCAUUGCCUGUCCCUCUGCUGUCCCCAGAGCUCCUGCCUCUGUCGCCAUCAGCAUCAGCCUGGGAGUCUCCCCAGGACGGCACGGCAUGGCACACAGGCAGCACCACGUCCCUGGGUCCUCGGCGCCAACCUGCAACCCUGAUCAGAGGAGGGUGAGGGCGUGGGAGUUUCCUUUCAGUGUGUCAAAGACGUAUCAGCUGCGCUCCAAAAAGAGCCAACAGGUCAGCCGCUUCCUCCUAGUUUAACUUGGUUUUGAGUUAUUUGUCCAUAUGGAAAUAGUAGGGUAGCAUCAAAUUGCAUGACUAAAUUGGAAGACUGUCUUUCCGUGUGAACACAGGAUAGCAGACAUCAGAGGGCCACUGGGUCAGGGCGGACAUGUUCCUGGGGAGGAGCCAGGCCCCGCAGCUCUCCAUCCUCCUCAGUGGCUCCAGCUGCAGGGCUGAGCUGCUUCCUAUCCCCUCAACUCUGCUCUCUGCCACUCCCUGUUGUGUGGGUGAGCGGAACACCCCUGGGGCGCCAGGCAUUUCCUGAUGGGAGGAGGCUCCUGUAAGGAACGUGGGCGCCCGCUCCCAGUGGGGGCGCUGGCUCUGUCAGCCCCCAGCCCCAGGUUGCCAGUUAGCCAGGGAGCUCCUGCGCACUCAGCACUUCCUUCCCCAGUGUGUUUUCUACCCAGAGGGGGACAGAGGAGCCAGAUCAGUCAUAUCAAGGGCAGAGUUCAAACAUUUUGAGAGAACCAUUCACGUGCUUCUUUUUAAACAUGGGCAUCGCCUGUCCAGAGGCCCCGGCCUGGAGCAGCAUGCUGCUGACCUUGGGAAGAGACGCGGGGCUGGUGGGGGAGCUGGAGGGGCUACCCAGCCCUGCAUCUGCAACCCUCCAGUCCCCUGCCCACGGAGCACGCAGAGCCCUCCUGUGCUCCGGGAACUAGACAGCAGCUUGGCAGCUCAGCCUCGUGUCGGCAAAGGAAUACGCUUCAAAGCCUCGGCCCUAGACCCACAUCUGCAGCUCCCUGGCCUGUGGCAGCUCUUUCCUUUGGGGCAUGCCCUUCUGAUCUCUGUCCUUCCUGCUUCCAGCACUUUAAAGAUGCCCCUUAUCAUCAGAUAAAGAGAAGUCAGGGGAAGAUGCGGCAGCACUAACAGCUGAUGUCACUGGUGAGGACUGAGGGCAAAGUCUCAUUCCCCCACAGCCGCGCUGCCAGCUCACCUCCCCUCACUUUGCUGGGAGCCUGCCCUGGACUCCGGAAGGACACCAGGCUGGGUCCACCUCCUUUCCCAGGCUGGAGGCGUACUGCCCUUCCCCAAGGGGUCUUCUGAAUGGGGCAGGCUCUUUUCGUGUGUCCAGCUGGGUCUGGAGGCCAAGUCAAGGUGUGUCACACCACACACCAGGGCAAGACCCUCAUCUCCAGGGAACAGGGACAAGUGAGCAGCUACCAGAAAGUCCCCAGGCAGCCUGGAAUUCCCCAGAGCCUGGCUGGUCCUACAGAGCACUUCUCCCCUAGGCCACCUGGACCAAAGCGACCUAAAAGUUUGAAGCUAAAAGCAAGUGCUGAUGAUGGGAUGGGCUGGCACGUGGCUGGGAGGGUUCCUGGGCACCACAGAGCCCUCAGCCCAGCAGAGAGUAGAGGCUGAGUCCGUGGGAAGCGGGACUUGUGAAGAAGGAGACAUGGCCAAGCCCCUGAUUGGGGAGACAGGCUCCCCCAUGCCCGGGCCAGCCCCAGAGGCAACAAGCCAACAUGAGGAGGGGUGGCAGGUGAGGCUGACGGGGGUGCCUGUGGCCCGGGCCUAUGAGGGCAGUGGUCUUCAGUAACCAACAGAAAGGGCACAAGGGCGUGACGGUCACCACCACCCAGGCAAAGAAACAGGAGGUGGCCAGCACCCCCACCCUUCACUUUCCAUCAUGUUUUUUUUUUUUUUUUUUUUUUUUGAGGGUAGAAAGGCAACUUCAUUGGAGCUUUUGGGGGAAAAAGCCUUCAAAGUCACCUUCCAGCAGCUCUGGGGAGGGUCAUUUGGGGUGGACUGAGAGUGUCGGGCGGGUAGGGCGUGUGCCACGCAGCAGCUGUGUCCCUGCAGCCAGCACCCAGCAGGGCAGUGUCACAGGAGCCGCUGCAACCACUUUGGACUUGAAGCAGCUAUGAACAGCCCCCGCCCCCCGUCUCUCCCUCACACACAGACACACGUAUUACCAUUUUCUCAGUGUUCUUUCUGCUUUCAUUCUUUUGAUUUUAGUUAGAAGCGUGAGCCAUGAUGGAUGUGGGACUCUUCUCAAUUGCUCUUUAAAUUGUCACUUUUUAAACCUUAUUAAAUGAAGUGUCGAUUCCUGACAAAUACAUUAAAAGUGCUUUAUUCCUAGAAGAGUUGGAAAAAGAAAUUAUUUUCAGCAAGGGUAGGAUGUGUUUGUUAGACUGAUUCCUUGGCAAAAAAGGAGAAAAAAAGCUUUUGAAUUGUGCAAAAAAUUGCCCAGUAGUUAUGCUGUCGCCCCAGUUGUCAAACUGCUGUGCAGACGGCUCCAGCCCAGUCAACUUCACCUUCUUUUUAAUUUAGAAGAUAACAAAAUUGUAAUCACUUAUCCUUUCCAGAGCCAAGGGGGAAAGGAAGGUAUAAUCUACAAUAAAACGCGAGCGUUCUGUGCACUGAGGCCACUUGGUAAUAAAGAGACAGAGCGUUCCCCUCACAGACUUCAAUUAAGAACCUCCCUUUGGACAGGGAAGAAAGGUGUCAAAAGAGGAAAAGAAAAUUAAAUUUGCCUCCUUCCAGGAGUUUUUCCUCAUUAGAGCUUGCUUGUCAGUGUUAUUAUUUUAAUCUUGCCUUCUGUGUGGUGACCAGCUCCUCCGAGCGAUGCCCAGGUCGGGCGCAGGCCGGGCAGGGCAGGUCUGCAGCGAUGCCACGGCAGAGGUGGGCAUGCUCCAUUUAUUUUGGCAACUGCAGCCAUUGAUUCUGCAUGUUUAUCCUGACAAUAGCCCCAGCAGGAGUUCAGUUAGGAAUGUAAAAUGCAGUUCAUGGUUCUGUGCCACCGUGGCUUUUAUUAUUAUAAUAUUAAAUUAGAAGUUGUCCCAGUGCCUGGUGUUUGCUCAGUUUCCGGAAGAGAGGGAAGGGAAAGGUUUAAAGGACAUGCAGGACAACUGGAAUGCCCCAUCUCUCUCGCUGACAUGGACCCAGUCAUACCUGAGGCUGGACGGGAUCUGGAGGCCCUGGUCAUUUGCAGAGUGAAUGGUGAAGGAAGCGGGCAGAAAAGGUUUGCUUGGAGGAAAGACCAGUUGCAGAGAGGCAAGGCAGAGAGAGAAGGGGUGGAGGCAGCAGGCCUUUCUUUGUGGUAGGUCUCUGGCUUCCAGUAGGGAGGAGGGAGGAGGCUAUGCCCUUCCUGGCUCUUGGCUACACCACUGAGGACGCCCUGAGGGACAGCAUGCUUACCCAGCCUUUGCACAGUGCCCGGCCUCAGGCUUCCACGGGCCUCCAGCUAGGACUUUCUGCUGGACUCAUGCAGAGGCAGGGAACAGGUGCACGGAAGAGCCCCCCCACACCCUCUCCAACACACCCUUGUUUGAAAAUCACUGUUCUCUUUACUCACUUUAAAAAGUGUACAGGGAACACCUGUUCCUGGCAUAAUGCUCCAACCUCGCAGAAGGGGCCAGGUGCCCCUCAUCUGGCUCUGGCUGCUUCCGACCUGGGCCCACGUCAUCCUUCACUUCCUCUGUGACCACCACUGGUCACGGUGCUCCCUGGCCCAGCCUCCAACUCACCCAGCACCCUGGCCUCUCCCACGCCAGUCUGCUGCGCCCAGCGGCCGUCCUGCCCCAUUGGCUUAGUGUCUUCUUUUUUUUAAAGAACGGAAAUAUUCCCCAAGAGGCCUCAUGGCCUAAAGACUCACAAUUAUCCACCUGUAAUUUAUGAUAAAUGUCUGGGAGCAUUUACCAUUUGCAUCGUGAGUAUUUAUAGCCCUGAGUGGGGAGGGUGGAGGAGGCCCCGCAGCCAGGGACCACACACCUGUCCCCACUAGUGUCCCCUGCUUGACAGAGCCCCCUCAGCCUCCUCAAGGCUGUCACUGCAGCUCUGACAGCUGAGAAGUGCCACCUUUGAAAGCCAGCAAACAGUCGCCUGCUAGGGGGAAGGCACUGAAGCAGAGGCCCUGGCCCUAGCACAGAGGAGGCAUUGUGAGGCAGGACGUGGGCCGGAGGGGCUGAGCAGCCUUCAGGUCAGGGACUGGGCCCUGGGUCACUGGAGACGUUGGUAUUAGUCCAUCUGUCUGCUGCCAAAUUGUCUGCUCCCCACCACGUGAGCCCCAGGGGUUUAUGUCCCAGGAAGGCAAGGGUGCCAUGUGAGCGGAAUUGGGAGGGGACGGCACCAGCUGGUCUCCCUCAGGGCCUUUGCCUCCCAGUGCUGCCCUGGCGGCUGCUCCUGCACCACAGCCCCUGAUGGCUGCUGCUAGUCCUAAAUUCCUGGGUUUACUCCUGGCCCACAUCUCCCACCCGGGCCUGAGGGUGCAGCCAGUGCCCUAGUCCUAGCCACUACAGGAGUCAUUCUGAGACCUGCUGGAGGCCAUGGGGUCUUCCCAGGCCCCUCAAUCAGCUGCUUCUGGGAUCAGCAGGGCAGGGCGCUGCCAGUAAGGACUGCGGGGAGCACAGCCCAGCCGCCCAGGCUGGGGGAAACUGGGGCAGAGCUUCCCGGUCUGUGGGGCCUAACCUCUCCCUAAGGCACUUCAGGCCUUGGGGCGCCCUCCACAGUGACCUUCAGAGAGGCUGCACCCGCUCGGAAGAACAGCGAGAAAUCUCCCCGUCAUACUCUCCCUGGUCCUUAUGUCCCUGAGCCCACCCCUUCCCAACCCCCAGUGCCUGGAGAAGCGAGAGACCGGCCGGGCAGCCUCUGGAGGGGCUCCAGGAGGCCAGGGGUCCUUAGGACUAGGCCUGGAGUUCGGCCCAAGAGCUGCUUUUGUGAAGCCUGUCUCGAUCCGGAUUCACCAGAGAACAAAAGCCUCCCAGCCUUUGGGGUUUCCAGGCCUGUAAAGCUGUGUGUGCCUCCCAGGCCACUCUGAUGCAAGGGCAGGGACCAUGCCAGGCCUGGGUUGGGGAUGGCUCUGUGACUCCAGAAGCUCCACCCAAAACUCCAAAGACGCCCAAAAGGCUGUGCUGCUGUGUGGAAUGUGUAUUAUUUGUGAGCACGAUGCAGCUUCUUCCUCAUUUUGCAGAGCAACCUAAGUGGGCAGCUGUACAAACCAUGUGUGUUCGAAACCCCUGAGUCGGUGUGUGUGAGAACGCAGGUUUUCUCUUAGAAAUAAAGUGGUGAUUUGUGCUGUA